AUGCGUGCCAAACGCUCAUUGCUUGAGCAUAACAUUGUUCCUGAAGAUCUAGGUGGGGACGUACAAUGUGUAGAGGUAUCGGCGUUGCAUGCUAAGAACUUACCCGCAUUGCAGGAAGCUCUCCUAACUCAAGCCGAUGUAAUGGGUUUAAAAAGCACUCCUAAAGGUUUGGCUGAAGGAGUUGUAAUCGAGUCUUCCGUUGUUCAUGGCUUAGGCAAAGUGUGUACAGUAGUAGUAACACGUGGAACACUACGUAGGAAUGCUGUUCUUGUUGCUGGUGGAGCUAUGGGCAGAGUGCGCACAAUGACGAACGAGAACGGACAAAAUUUACAGGAAGCUGGACCAAGCACUCCUGUUCGGGUACAAAUUCUGAAUAUUGAAGCUAUCAUUGCUCCUUUUAGUAUAACUGAACUUCAGAUAUCUGGCUGGAAGGAAGAUUUGCCAAAUCCUGGAGAAAUAAUAUUGGAAGUGGAGAAUAUGGAUCGAGCUCAUCGCGCUAUCAAAUUUCGCCAUGAAAAAGAGAUGGCAGAGAAGGCGGAAAGGGAUUGGAAAGCUAUCGAAGGACAACGCAUGGAAGAACGCGAGAAAUACUUAUCUAACCGACAAAAGAUGUUGAACUCAGGAUUUCGCUAUGGAUCAACUUUACGGCGAGUCGUACACAAGGAUCACAGGCUUGAAAAACCAGCUGAAGACGACUUUCCCAAACUUCGAAUCAUGCUACGAACAGAUGUUGAAGGAACUCUAGAAGCUAUAUUGAACGUCACAGAAACUUAUACAAGUGAAAAGUGCAAAUUUCAAAUUGUGGAGUUCGGAGUUGGUCCACCGACGAAUGUGGAUGUGGAGAUUGCGAAGGAAACUGGCGCUUUGAUCUACCUUUUCAAUGUGCAACCGCCCCCCGCCAUACGACAGCAAGCUGAACGUGAUGGUGUUCGAAUCGAGCAGUUUAAUGUAAUUUACCGCCUUGUUGAGGCGCUGAAGAAUGAAUUAUCGGCACAGCUACCAACCUUGACUGAAAUGGAACUUGUUGGGGAGGGACAUGUGUUAAAGGAAUUUCUUAUCUCCGACCGCAAUCGAAAGAAGCAACCAAUCGCUGGAGUCCUCGUCGAUUGGGGAAAUUUUCAAAAAAAUUGCGUGUUUAAAUUCAUCCGGAAAGGAAAUGUGAUCUAUGAGGGAAGUGUCGAAUCAAUGAAACACGAAGCAGAAAUGGUCUCAUCUGCAACGACAAACACAGAGGUUGGAAUUGCUCUCGAGGACAAAAGCAUAAGAUUCAAAGAAGACGACACUGUGGAGGUGUACACUAAAAAACAAGUACCGCAAACGAUCGACUGGUAUCCGCCUGGAUUCUGA